CAGACACCACAGCAAAGGAGAGCAAAUGAGAAAUUCGCCAAGCAUGAAUCUGCAAAGCGUGGAAAGUCCAAGACAACAGUUUCUAAACAGUCCUCGAAGCCGUCGCUGCCAAUAGGCUGGGUUGCCCUCCUUGCGUUCGUUGUCUGCGGUGGACUUAUCUUCGAGUUAUUGAGAAUAAUUCCGGAAUUGUGGUCCGCUACGGCCUCUCUGUUUAAUCGCUUGAUGGGCUAA